AUGGAGCGUUUCUCUAACGCCUUCAAACUACCCCGCGACGUUUGGUUAGCCAUAGCCAUUAAAGUCGCGACGACAUCGAUUGAGGACCUGUGCAGGUUCUGUAUGACGUGUUGCGUUGCGCGCGAUGUAGGCGACGAGGAUACUGUGCUCAGGAUGGUUGCCAUACCACCUCCGCAUGACAUGAAUUGGUUAUGGAUACGGGACCCUAUUAGGCGAAGAUUCUUCGAGAGGUGCAUUGAAAUUGGUCACCCGGAACUUCUGUUUCGGGAGGCGCUGCAGGAGCUCUACAUACGACGUAACCACGCCGUCGGAUGGGAAAUGCUGCAAAAUGCAGCAAGGAAUGGGUUGGACGCCGCCAAGUACGCACUUUCAAUGGAGUUGCUCAUCCGAAGGGACGACAGCGACGCCAAAAAAGAAGGUUUGGAACAAUUUCGCACGCUCGAAGCGGAUAACUUACUCCCCGCAUGUUACUCGAGUUGCUUCGCAGUCCUCACAAUUUCUUGGCCGGAUGAAGUCUAA